GACGUCAUGCAGCCCUCUAACGUCUGUUGGUCCUUGACGAUAUGGAUGGUCCAGCUGGCCUUGAUUGCUCUCACUGUUCAAGCUGAAAACUGCACCAAACCCAUAGGAGGGCCAAACAUGGUUUUGUCAGAUGCCUUCAUCACGCAAGAGACAUUUGUAGAUGGUGCAAAAGUCACUUUUCAGUGUGCAAUUGGAUAUGCCAGUACAGGACUGUCUCCUUCAGUCACCUGUACUGCUGGCGUGUGGAGUGAAGUGAAACUGACAUGCGAAAGGAAGUCGUGUGGCACCCCAGGAGAAGUGAUGAACGGCCGGUUUAAUCUCUCUGAGGGGAUCUUGUUUGGAGACAAGGCAGUUGCUACCUGUAACACUGGCUAUAUGCUUGUGGGCAGCGGUGUAAGGACCUGUAUGGAUGGAGGCUGGGAUGGCAGACUUCCUGUAUGUGAAGUGAUGAAGUGUGGAAAGCCCCCAAACAUUGUCAACGGUGGGCCUGUUGUCCCACCUGAAGAUACGUAUGACUAUGGAAGUGUAGUGCAAUAUGACUGUGAGAAGGAUUACACUCUGGUUGGAACUAAAUUCAUAACCUGCCGUGAGAAUGGAGAAUUCCAGCCAGCUCCACCUGAGUGUAAAAUGGUCUCAUGUCCUCUUCCUGUUGUUGAGAAUGGCGUUCGGAUUGCAGGCCGUCCCCCCUAUACGUACAAGUCUUUUGUGAAGUAUGAGUGUAACGCUGGAUAUGAGAUGGUGGGACAAGACAGUCUGACCUGUGAAAUAGAAGGCUGGUCAGCUCCUUACCCAACAUGCAAAGCUGAAAACUGCACCAAACCCAUAGGAGGGCCAAACAUGGUUUUGUCAGAUGCCUUCAUCACGCAAGAGACAUUUGUAGAUGGUGCAAAAGUCACUUUUCAGUGUGCAAUUGGAUAUGCCAGUACAGGACUGUCUCCUUCAGUCACCUGUACUGCUGGCGUGUGGAGUGAAGUGAAACUGACAUGCGAAAGGAAGUCGUGUGGCACCCCAGGAGAAGUGAUGAACGGCCGGUUUAAUCUCUCUGAGGGGAUCUUGUUUGGAGACAAGGCAGUUGCUACCUGUAACACUGGCUAUAUGCUUGUGGGCAGCGGUGUAAGGACCUGUAUGGAUGGAGGCUGGGAUGGCAGACUUCCUGUAUGUGAAGUGAUGAAGUGUGGAAAGCCCCCAAACAUUGUCAACGGUGGGCCUGUUGUCCCACCUGAAGAUACGUAUGACUAUGGAAGUGUAGUGCAAUAUGACUGUGAGAAGGAUUACACUCUGGUUGGAACUAAAUUCAUAACCUGCCGUGAGAAUGGAGAAUUCCAGCCAGCUCCACCUGAGUGUAAAAUGGUCUCAUGUCCUCUUCCUGUUGUUGAGAAUGGCGUUCGGAUUGCAGGCCGUCCCCCCUAUACGCACAAGUCUUUUGUGAAGUAUGAGUGUAACGCUGGAUAUGAGAUGGUGGGACAAGACAGUCUGACCUGUGAAAUAGAAGGCUGGUCAGCUCCUUACCCAACAUGCAAAGACGCCACUCAUACAACCCCAGACCCCAACAACAAUGCUGGGAAAAUAGGCAGUGUUGUAGGUGUACUUGUGCCAAGUCUUCUACUUUACCUCAGUCUCCUCCUGCUUCAUUGAGAAGGAAGGAGUCACAGUAAAAUGGCUGCUGUGAUGUCCCCUGAGUCUACCACCCUCCCAAACACCGGGAAUGAAUCAUAUGCUUUAAAAGGAAUCUCUAUUACACGAUGAUUAGAAACCUCCCGAUGAAUGUAUUGGUUCACUUCCAUUUGGAAGCUUGUGCUUAAGGAGUGGCCUAACUUGAUUACUUUUAUGUUUCCAGUGUACUUCACAAAUCACUCCUAGUGUGAUCUUGAUUUAUCUCAUUGCAACAUUCUCAUGUUAAAAUUCACCCAUAUGUAUGGUCGCUGCUUUUCUGGGUGAACUUGCCUCACAAAGCCAGUUUUCCACCUCUGUGGGGGGGGGGGAAUUGAAGGAAAUCAUAUCUGUUAAGAUAAGCAUUUGUAAUUUAGUUGAUGCUCUUAUCCAGAGCAACUUACAGUAGUGAGUGCAUACAUUUUCAUACAAGACCCACAGUAUAUGUGAUGCAGUUGGACACAAGGUCUUUAUAUGUAAGUCAUACCACCAAAGGCCACCAUUGGUUUGAUAGACCAGGUUGCAGAUGUUGAACCUAUCCUAUAGCUUGUAAACAUCUGGUUCAAUGAGAAUCAAUGGGCUUUCACCAAGUUUUGCUCUAGUCAUUGAUAAGUCUUAAUUGUGUUGUGACGUGAAUCUGAAAAGCUUGGUUUAUUAGGAUAACUCUUGGAACACCGGAGACAAUGAAUGAAUGCUAAAGGAAAUUAUGCUUUAUACUUAUUUUGUAAAGUGUUAGUUAUUUGAGGGAUCAAGAACUCUUGCUCAUGAUCCAGCUUUGGAGUCUUCAUUUGCACUAUUGUUUUGCAGUUCUACUGUAGAUAAGCCAAAAAUAUUUAUUUUAAAUGUAAAUACGUUUUAAUAAAUGUUGCAAGAGUCUCUUCCAACAGGACCACUGGAUCAUGGUGUUCUGUAGGCAGGAAACCUGCAGCUCUCUGUAAUAAUCAGGCUCAGCUUAGUGCAUUUAGAAUGUUCAAAGUGCUCUGGAUUCUUCACUAUGCCUUAUCAAGGGAAAAUACCAAACAUUCUGCGGUUGUACCCUUUUAUUUUGUAUUAUCUUAACAGACAUUUUCCUCUGCCCUUUUUAUUACAUUGCUUGGUCGUCUCUUACAGGCUGUCCUGUUUUUUUCUUAAUGAAAGUAACAGAUUUAAUAUGUUGUGAGAUCUAAUAGCACUUGUUUUCAUAACACUAGGGGUUGCUUCAUAUGAAACCAGGUUCUUAUUUAGUAGGGCAAGAUUAGAAUGUUGCAAAUAAAAGUAUAA